AUGGAUGAAUUGAGUAGGCCACAUAAGUGUGAUGGUUUCUCUGACGCUCACUGUCCUUUGUUGGGAAUUUUCAUCAAAGACUUCGCUUCUCUUCACCUCUGGUUGUAUGGAUUUAGUCGGCUUCAUGGUUGCACUCACUCGCCCACUGGAGCACGGAGGGACGAUGUUGUAACGGCCGGAGAACGCGGACCCUCUGGUGUACGUGCACCUAGCACCUGUGAGGUGACUUCUGGAGGGGCAAGAGAUGGUCUUCCCUCGUUUUGUCUUGAGCGCCUCGCCACGACAAUCAAACAACAGGCCGGGGUGCACAUGGGGCCGGUAGUAAAAAUAUCGUUCGCAGGGAUAUACGGUUGGCAAAUUGGUAAUGACGACGAUUUCGGGCUCUUUGAGAGAUGUCAUCAUCCCCGGUGGUGGGGUACUCCCUACAGAGUGUAUUUCCCUUUACAAGCAUUUCCAAAUUACUUGAUGCACAACACAUUCAUCGCCCAUCUAGGAUGUUAUUUGGAAGAAUCUAAUCGUCCAUUGUGGCGCGCAUUGUUGUCACCUACACCGACCGUACUCUAA